UUCACGUCAGUCGUUGCGUGGAAGGGGAAGAGGGAGGGUGGUGCGCUUCCUCCUUCCUCUCACCUCCUCCAUUCAGUUCCUUGAGUUUCUCGCCGCGUUUUCUCCACAGUACAUCCGCUCUAAUGUUUCCUUGUCGCUGCCUGUGUCCGUCCGCCUCCUCAUAAUAAGGUGAGGUGCUGGCUGACCUGUGUGUUGUGGAUUGUUCAGAAGGACGAAAAGAACAGGACUGUGACCACGCCCCCCGCGCCCACAACCACGCCCCCCACCCCGGUAUACGCCCACACACGCCCACCCCUGCUGAUGUGGAAGGCGCGGCUCCCCACUGCUACGGUCUGAAGAUUUGUCAUGGAGGAGAAAGUGAUGUUCGUGUUAUGAGACGUGGCUGCCGUAAUCAGAAAGGGAAGGGGAAGUAACUGAUGUAGAGAAGAGAAGGUCGCGAAUAGCUUGGCGUGUGCCCCGAGUCGCCAGCAACAGCAGCGAGUGACAGCUGGAAAUGUUAUCGUACCGCAACGUCUUUUGCUUCACCCUCCUGCUGCUACCGCUCCUUCCUGCUUGCCCAGUGGACGCGGAUGUUUUUUUACGAUUGACGGACGCCACGGGGAUGUAAUGCUGCGUGAUGCCCCACUGUUGACUUGUUGAUGGGGCAGCAUGGGUGUGUGGCGGUGGUGGCGGUGAGGGUGACGGCGUGCGUAGUUAUGGUGGAGUGUUGCCCUCCUUGUCAUAGACACUCUUGGCCUAAUGGCUGGCAAGGUGAUAAUGCCUAAUUCACAUGGCAGUUUCAAGGGCCACAGGCAGUGUGGCGAGGCCGCGGGGGGGCGCAGCGGGGAGAGGGGAUAUGGACGAGACUCACCCCCAGCGGUGAACCCUGUUGGGGGCCGCGGCCCUCAGCCCACAAGAAAACUCACAGUGUCUUUAUAUGUGAAAACUUUGCUCAAGUUGAUGUCCAGUGUGUAUGCGUGUGUUUACGCGUGCCUCUGCGAGGCUCAGCGGUGUGUGCGGCGGGACAGUUGGCGGCGAGCAGCGGGACUCUGUAGCAGGACGUAUGGAAUGUUGGCGUACACUGUGAUGCUGUGUGCACUACCUGCUGUCACAGAGGGAUUCUGUCCCCGCGGGUGUACGUGCAACUACUCUGUGAUGCAGGUGAGCUGCGAGGAUGCAGGGCUGGACAACGUGCCCAUCCUCCUCAACCCUCGCGUGCAGGACCUGCGUCUACAAAACAACAGCAUCAACACGCUCGCUCAGUCCCUCGUGUUUUACCUCGAUCUGCGGUUCCUCGAUCUCUCUGGGAACGAGCUCGAGUCUCUUGGGGAGAGCAACUUCAAGGAGCAGUGGAAUCUUGAGGAGCUUCGUUUGGGUCAUAAUAGACUGCAAAGCGUAGAGCCCAAGGCGCUGCGUGGUCUGGCCAGGCUGCGGAAGUUGGCACUGAACAACAACGCCAUCACCCACCUCGAGGACGGGGCCUUCCAGGAGGCGGGGAAUUUGACGGAGCUCGACUUGUCUCACAACAAGUUGCGGGCGGUGGGGGCGGGCUGCCUGCGGGGCUUGGCGUCUCUGGACCGCCUUGACCUGAGCGGGAACAGGCUGACGCGCGUGCCUGGUGGGGGAAUUACUAACCUGGCGCGCCUCAACCUCACCCACAACCUAAUCUCGCAAGUGCCUCCUCGUGCCUUCAGCGGCUUCCCAGCCCUCGCCUCUCUCCUCCUCGACAGGAACAACAUCAGCGUCAUCGCCGCAGCGGCCUUCGAGGCGGUGGCGGAGCUGAGGAGGCUGUCCUUGGCGGAUAAUCGGCUAUUGACAGUGCCUUCCCCCUCCCUGGCCUCGCUGUCUCGCCUGCAGUACCUCGACCUCAGUGGCAACCUGUUUGAAAGCCUCCCGGAAGACUGUUUCCGCGGCCUUCGGGGUCUGCAGGGCCUGAGUGUGUCACGGUGCCCUCGCCUGCACGCAAUGAGCGGCGACGCCUUCCUCAGCUCAGCCUCCCUCCGCAUCCUCCAGUUGAGCCACAACCCACGCCUCGCCUCCCUGCCGCCCUCCGCCCUCGCCUCCCUCCUCACUCUCCGUCAGCUGGACCUCUCCGCUUGUGGCCUCCGCACCCUCACGCCUACACAGGUACCACUGCGUAACCUGAGGAGCCUCCAGCUAGCGGGCAACCCCCUUACGUGCAAUUGUUCCCUGGUGUGGUUCUCGCGGCUCGCUUCCAACCCCAACUCCUCCAUCACCUUCGAUCACCCCACCUGUGCCAGCCCGCCAGCACUGUAUGGUGUGUCGCUGCGGGAUCUGGGCGGCGAUGAAGUAGGAUGUCAGUCCUCCGUGGCAGUGUGGGCGGCCGUGGCUGGGGUGAGCGUGCUGGCCCUCGUCAUCCUCUCCUACCUCGCGGUGCUCUGCUGGCGGAGACUGAGGAGGUGGCGGAGGAACAGAAAACGGAGAGAAGAAGACAAAGCAUUCUGGGAAGACCCGUUCCUUCCUGACGGCGGCCUGUCUGUCACCCGCCUGCCUUCCCGCCCUAUCAACGGGAACACACACACACUCACCCACACCCCCACCCCGCUAGGGCCCCCGCCACGCCUCCCCCCAACACACCCCCUUAACCACCACCUCCACCACCAGGGCUGCCUACAACAGUGUCCCUACGCAGCCCUGCAUCCCCUGUAUAGCCCCCUGCUGCCCCUCUGCCAUCCUGAUUAUGACAGGGGGCGGCCGUCUCCUCCCACUACCCCCUCAUCCAUGACCUCCCCGCCCCCUUUACCUCUAAGUGACCCCCCCAACUGGUACGCUACAAUAGGAGGAGAUGGUGGGGAGGACAGUGGUAGGGAGAGCCGCCCCCCAACACCCUUCGAUCCCUCUGAUAGUCCUCGUAAAGUACCAGUGACUUAUGUUUGACCUGACCUUACCUGAUCCAACCUAAUCUUGUCCAACUCCUGUCAGUGUGUGUGUGUGUGUGUGUGUGUGUGUGUGUGUGUGUGUGUGUGUGUGUGUGUGUGUGUGUGUGUGUGUGUGUAUUUUUCUUAAGCUUUUCAUUUCUUUUUCUCUUUUUUCUAUACCAUAAGAGAAAAGCAAACUGACCUUGUUUCAUAUUCACUAUUUUUGUGUGAUAUUUUGUUUUGUCUAGACUUUAUUCCUCGUUUUCUCCAUUUCCCGUUUUUUUUAUCUAAUUUUUUAUUGACAUUUUCUUUUUAUUGUGUAGAUAAUGUAUAAAAUGUACAAGUUUCAUGAAAUUUGUUUGUAUUUUUAUGUUGUGAAAUACAUAUCAGAGAGAGAGAGAGAGAGAGAGAGAGAGAGAGAGAGAGAGAGAGAGAGAGAGAGAGAGAGCACAACUCGCAUUAUAUACAAGAAAUUUUCAGCUUAAGUUUUUACAGACAUUUUUUUUACCUUUCUUUCAUUAUUUUGCUUUAUCAUACUUUUACCCGGCGCCUUUUUUGAACUAACAUUUAAUUAACGUUACUAUAUCAUUCACUGUGCUGCUGCUGCUCUAUCAUUAUUAUUAUUAUUAUUAUUAUUAUUAUUAUUAUUAUUAUUAUUAUUAUCAUUAUUAGCUUUCGCAACUCAACACAAUACCGUCCAUUGUUCACUUAAUAACUCGUUCGUUUGGUCAUUACACUCAAAGCACUUUACGUAUUAUUCCUGUUGUUCGCUUUACAGUCAUAACUUUUAACAUACGUGUCCAUAUUAUUGCCCUUCCUUUUAUUAUGUCUACACACACACACACACACACACACACACACACACACACACACACACACACACACACACACACACACGAGGGAGUCUAAAGGAACUCAUUGUUUACAUAAAGGCUUCCGCUUCCGAUGCUCAUCUGUUUUAUUAAAGUUUGUCUAAAUAAAGAGAUUUUUCCAUUUCA